GUCUCGACCCCUCGGGAUGCCACAGUGCGGAUGGCCUGCUUGCUCUGUGUACUCGCACAGUUUCUGUCACAAGUUCAGGCAGAGAAGAAGAAGAAGAAGACUGUCGGGUUUACGCUUUGCUGUCUUUCCGCCGUAGUCCGCCCCGCGUGAAACCCAUACUUCCUAAAACAGAAGCCGCAAUGCAACGCGAGCAGCUGCUACCCAUGAAGUAACUCACUGACAGUUUGGGUCCACAUGAGGAAGAAAUGAAAGAUUAACUUACUUUCCUCCCGAGCGGGUCCUCCCUCUGUCGUACCUGUUCAGGGAGCAGCCACUAGGCAAGUAUGCAGCGGUUUGGUUUGUUACUACGGAAGAAGUUUCACAUGUAUGUAGGCGUUUCUUGUUUUCAGGCAAGUUGGAUUUUCCGCAAAGCUUCUGAACAACAUUAGCUGUAACUGACGACGUCUGUGACAUUUGUUUUGACGCCAUAUUUCCCGGGAUAAAGUAACUUAAAGGCUAUAAGGGUCAGGGAAUUCAGACUAAAACACGGCUAACUGCAGCACCCGUGCAGCAUGUCAGGGAUCACAGCCAGUACAACAAACUACCUGUGGUCUUUGCAAGAUGUCCUCGGUCAAGGGGCUACUGCCAGUGUCUACAAGGCACGCAAUAAGAAAUUGGGUGAGCUGGUAGCCGUCAAGGUGUUCAACAUGGCGAGCUACAACCGCCCUCAUGAUGUCCAGAUGAGAGAGUUCGAGAUGCUGAGGAAGCUGAACCACAGCAAUAUUGUCAGGCUGUAUGCUGUUGAAGAGCUGCCUACCAAACAGAAGGUGCUGGUGAUGGAGUAUUGUUCAGGAGGCAGCCUGCUCAGCCUUCUCGAGGAGCCAGAAAAUGCCUUUGGGCUGCCUGAAACAGAGUUCCUCACAGUUUUGCAGUGUGUAGUGCAGGGAAUGAACCACCUGAGAGAAAAUGGUGUGGUACACCGGGACAUUAAGCCAGGCAACAUCAUGCGGCAGGUUGGCGAGGAUGGCAAGUCUGUUUAUAAGCUGACUGACUUUGGAGCAGCAAGAGAGCUGGAAGAUGAUGAGAAGUUUCUGUCCAUCUAUGGAACCGAAGAGUACCUGCACCCAGACAUGUAUGAGCGUGCUGUGUUGCGUAAGCCUCAUCAGAAGGCCUAUGGAGUGAGUGUAGACCUGUGGAGUAUUGGUGUGACAUUUUACCACGCUGCCACCGGGAGUCUUCCCUUCAUACCGUAUGGAGGACCUCGCAGGAACAAACCCACCAUGUAUAAAAUAACGACAGAGAAGCCUAUAGGGGCAAUAGCUGGCAUACAGCGAGUCGCAGAUGGACCUAUAGAGUGGAGCUACCACCUACCUCACAGCUGCCAGCUCUCGCAGGGUCUGGCAGUGCUGCUGGUUCCAGUACUAGCGGGUAUACUGGAGGCUGACCAGGAGAGGUGUUGGGGUUUUGACCAGUUCUUCACAGCCACCACAGACAUUCUGCAGCGGCAGCCAGUUCACCUCUUCUCUCUGCAGCAAGCCAAGGCUCAUAGCAUUUACAUACACCACUAUGACACGGUGUCGGUGUUUUUCGAGGAGGUGGCGUCUCAGACUGGUAUAGGAGUACAGCUGCAACAUCUGCUGUACCUGGGUCACGACCUUCCUCUGGAGGGCAACAUGAAGGUGGUCAACCUCCCGAGUACAACCCCUGCUCGGCCCCUCAUUCUGCUCAGCUACGGGCUUGAAGCAAAUACCAGCCUGCCCUUCAGAGAACCAGAGACUCCAGUCAUCCCUUCAAGGUUUGAUGUAGUGGCAGACUACAACUACUCCAAGGUAAUAGUGGGAGUGGUCCACCAGUAUCUGAGGAUAGUACAGUUGCUGCACACACACCGAGAGCUGCUCCUGCAAGGAUACUACAACUAUAUGAUGAGGUUGCGAAAGGAGUGUGGAGAAGCAAUGCACAGUAUCGCAAUGAUCACCAUUAGAUUGCAGUCUUGCCUCAACGUAGAGCACAGGAUUCACACACUGGGCCAUUAUGCUUCAGAAAACCAAGAUCCAGCUGAUAACAGUCAAAAGCUGAAGCUGGUCCAUGAACACUUGCCCAUAUACGCUGCCGGCAUCCAAGACUUUCAGAACAAACUGGACCAUCUGCAAAUAGAACAGGCCAAGCUCUCAGAGAUUCUGGCCAAUGAUAAGAGCUGUCAGAAGAUGGAGAUGCUGCUGCAGAAGAUAACAGUAAUUCAUCAGCAUUAUCGUAAAGACAGACUUACUGGCAAGUUGGCAUAUAAUGAUGAGCAAAUCCACAAGUUUGAGAAAAUCCACCUGUCAUCCCACAUUAAGCGAGUGAAAUCUCUCUUCAGAGAGGACUGCGUGCAGCGAUACAAAGAGCUUUUGGCCUCAGUAAGGACCUGGAGCAGUGCUUUACUGGAGAUGCAGACCCGACUGCAGGACUUCAGCUCCUUCUCCACAGGCUUGUUGGCAGACCUGGAAAUGAGUGAACAGCACCAAAACAAGGCUUUGGACAG